AUGUUCUUCUCUCUACAAAUAAUAUGGUAUCCGAUCGAGGCCGUGCUCGCUCUGCUAUCGAGGGUCUUGCGGAAGCGGUCAUCCCACAAUGAUACAGAGGCUAUGGAGAGACCAUCUAAUGCGAGGUCUGACAGCGUCGACUCAACUGCUACGACCGUCAAGCAGAAUUUACCGUAUGUCAAAGUUGUUGAGUGCCUAGGUGCUGAGACAUCGUCAUUUGUGCAUUAG